AUGCCCUUUGUCUCAAUCAUGAUAUCCCAUGAGUAUUGGGAAGCUUACCAUGAGAAACUGGCUGCCCUUGAUCUCAACACUCACCCGACAUCAUUCAUUCCACAGGAUUGGGCUCUCAAUGCUGUUGACAUAGCUAGUGAAUGGGUGGAGCAGCAGUUCGCAGCACAUGUUGCCAGCAAACCACUUGUUCCUGCUCCUCCGGAACUUGAUCCUAAAACCAUGCUAGCAUGCAGACACCUUGCGUUCGUGCUCGCAGAGGCAUAUCAGCAUCCCAUCAAACUGGAUAUCGAUGUCAUCCAGUACAAUGAGGCAUUGACCAAACGGGAGUCAGGACUGAAUGAUGCUCAUGAAGAAGCUUUGUUAGCAAAGUUCCCUCCCGCCAAGCCCAUGUUGUUAGAUCGCCCAUCGGUGGUAAUUGACGCUGGUUGCCGAAUCAUAUUAUGGUAUCUGCCGGGUGCACUGAACUGGUCCCUGCAGUGUGAUAUGUUUACUGCCACGAAGGACGGCGAAAUGGAGAACAACCACGUCGAACUUUCACCCCGCACAAGAACCUGGUCUAAUUCCCAGGUGCAUCAAUAUUUCACCUUGCUGGUUUCAACAGGGCAUGAGUGUCAAGGCCCGCCACCACAGAAUCCGUUGGACGGGUGUAUUCCAGAAGUCUCUGCCACUUUGAAGAGCGAUAGAAGCCUGUCAUCGAUUAUAGAUAUGCAGUGUCCGGCUCUCUUGUCUUCAGCAGCCCUUCGGGUAAUGCACCCACAACUUUACCGGGCAUCAAUGUUCACUCACGUAGAACUCGGGCAUUGGGCGGCAGCGCAUGGUGAAGAUCAGAUGUACCGAUGUCUCCAGCAUUGGGUGUCAGCAUAUUCCGGUGCUGUGUUACGACAAACGGUCGUGUGCGACUAG